CGACAUGUCAGAUUAUUAUUAAUCAUUUAAAAAAAUAAAAAAAAAAUAAGAAAAUGAAAAGAAAAGCCCAACUUGGAUUCUCAUCUCUCCAUCUUCCUCCACUUCUCCCAACCCCUCUUCGAUGUAGAGAGCAAAAAGAAAAACCCUCAUUGAUUCAAAGCUUCUUCUCGAUCUUCUCCUCUUUCUUCCUCAUCAGUCCAUCUUCUCCUCUUUCCUCUCCACCCAUAUGCGAUGCAUGUUUUGGCCUCCCCUUCACUUGAUUGGCAUACAUCAAAAUCAUCGCCACCUGGUACUCUAUUCCUCUUGCCUGAAUCUGCAUCAACGAUCUCACUCCUUCCUCCUUCAUCGCUAGAUUCAUCCAACGACGACAGAAAUCCAGAUGAAGAACUCCCGUAUGGAACCAGAUCGAGGAGUUGGUGCUUGCCGCCUCUCACCUCCCUAUUUUUCUCCUCUUUGCUGGAGGGAUUCGAGGAGUUCUGCCCUCCCAACAGGGAAAACAGAGGGAAAAUGCUUCAGGGACUCUGUUGCUAUCAGAUUUGGACCUCUGCCGGAGAAAAAUGAAGGAAACGACGACUGCGAAAGUAACUUUUGGUCCCUACCCCAAAGCCUUUCCCUUUUGUUAUUCUCCUCUAUGCUUCUUCUCCUUUCUUUGAAUCUUUUCCCCGUAUCCCUUUGCAACAAGGUUCCCCUCCCCCUAGUUUUCCACUACCCCUCAUUCAUUAUAACAUAACAGAAGCCUCCCCUGCCUCCUCAUCUCUUUUCCUUAGCUUCCUUUCUAUAUGAACAUUAACCCCCCCCCCCCCUCUUUGUCUCUCAGUAGGCGAUGGUUAUGCUCCGUCGCUUCACCAUAACAACAAUCAUUUAUUCUCCAUGGCGGCGAUAUAUGGCGACCAAGUGAAGUGCCAUCUGGAGCUAGUUGUCGAAGGGAGCGAAAGAAAAAUUGGAGAACCAGAGAGAAGUGUUGGGGGUAUAAUGAGCAAAGCCCAAGUGGGGGGCAAGGCCUAGGCAAACUUAGGCACCCAAGCAGCCCAAGUGAGGGGCAAGGCCCAAGUAAAGGGGAUGUCACAUGAAGACAAGGCACAAGAGGCCAAGGGAGGCCAGGCUGUCAUGUGGUCCAGCGCCUGCGGGCGCCUGUCACGUGUCAGGAGUCUGACAAGUUGGUUAGGAUGUCUGGCCAGAAAGAGACAAAAGCAUUGAAUGAGGGCAGGGAGGCAGAGAGGAUCAACCUCGAACUCAGGUAAGUAUAAAUAGAGGCAGUUGGUAGCAUUUACGCAGGUUGGACGCUCUCACACAAACUCUAGCUUUGAGACUCUACUCUCUUUCUGAAAACUAACUUGGGCGUCGGAGGAUUAACGGGUCAAGGCGCCCCCUCCUUGUUGGUGUGUGCAGAUAGGCGUCUGGCGAAAGAGGAUUCAGGGGAAUCAGGCAAAGGGUAUCAAGUCUCAAACAAUUGGCGCGCCAGAUAGGGGAAUAUAGCCAGGAACCAUGAGUGAAGAGGCGCCCAUGAACGAAGAAAGGGAAGAGAUUACGGAAGAACAGUCGGAGCGAAUGAGAGGGCAGACGCCUGAGGAGGAAGAAGGUGAAGGAAGUGAAGGCACGUUGCGGGGAUCCGAAGGCGCCUCAGUCACGAAAAAAGAAUUGUUCCGGAUCAUUGAGAAUCAAGAUGAGGCGAUCGAGGCGCUGCGGCGUGAAGUGGACGUCUUGAGAAGGGGUGAGGGGAUGACACCCAGCCCGACGAAGAAAAGAGAAAGGGCGGAAGAGACGGAGAUUGAAUCAAGGUGCCCGAGGCGUCCCGGCCUAUGGCACCCACGUGAUCACGGGGCGCCGGACGAUAGUGGAUGGAAUGGAGGAAUAUUGGGGCGCCUUUCACGCCACUGUCCUGUGAGACAGCCUCUGGCGCGUUGCAUAUUAUCGGAGCCAGCCGGAACCAACAUCCCCCCACUCCCAGCUUAUGACGGGACUGGAGACCCCGAGGACCACCUCAACGGAUAUUUCACCAAAAUGCAACUCUAUAACAGCACAGAUGCAACCCUGUGCAAGGUGUUUCCGUCCACCUUUUCGGGUGUGGUUCUCGAUUGGUAUCAUCAGAUCGGUGAAGGGCCCAUCGACUGCUUCGAACAGUUCGCAGCGAUGUUCUUGGCGAAGUUUGCCAGCAGAAAAAGGCGCUCCUUGACCAUAGGCGCCUUGUUUAAAGUCAAGCAGAAAGAGGGUGAGGCGUUACGGGAAUUUUACGAGAGGUGGCUAUCUGUGGCUCUAGCAGUGAAGGAUGCCCAGCCGUCGGUGCUGGGGGUGUGUCUGAAUGAGUGCACCUCCAGUGAGGAGUUGUGCAGGGCGCUUGCGAAGAGAGAUGUGGUGUCCACAGAAGACCUGGAUUAUAGAGUGCAAAAGGUAAUUGUGCUGGAGGAGACGUUAGCGGCCAGGAGGGCAGAUCGAAGGAAGGCACGAGUAGAGGAGGUCGAGGUACCAAGGAGGCAGUACCCGACGAGCGGUUCGGGCUAUGCGCCCACGAACCAGCCACCGCCAAGGAGGAACGAUAUGGGGCGCCAGGCGCCUAGAGGGGCUGGGCCCUUCGCCGAGUAUAACGACACCCUGAAGAAUGUGCUCCAGCACGUCAAGGACAAAGGAUACCACAUCAGGUGGCCAGGGCCGAUGCGGGGGCAACCCAACGAGCGGAACUUGGACCGGUACUGCGACUUCCACCGAGAGAUUGGGCACUACACAGCCGAUUGCUACCAACUUAAGACAGAGCUGCAGGGUCUUGCGGACAGGGGAAUGCUCAAUGACUUCAUCAGAAAGCCCGAGGAAAGAGUGCAUAGGGCGUGUGUGGCUGGAGUAGUGAGAACAGAGGAGCAGCUGCCACCACCACCCUAUGACUUGGACCAAGAAAAGGCGCCUGACCGCGUGCGCCUGACGAUCGAAGCCAUUUCAGGGACAAUGGAUCUGAGGGAGAAAAUAGAAGCAAAGCGUCGGUUGAGGGCGGCGUCGGCAGAUGUGCUGGAGUCGAUCGACAUUAGCUUCAACAAGGCGCCUGAGGAGGCGUGUAUGCUCCCGUCCAUGGACGCCUUGGAGAUACAAGGGGUAGUAGCCGGGUGCAGGGUAAGGAGAAUGUUGGUAGAUACAGGAAGCUCCAUGUUCGUGCUGUUCAAGGAUACGGUGGUUCGCAUGCAACUAUCUCCAGAAAUGAUCAGACCAUCGGAGUCGGUACUAGUGGGCUUUUCAGGGGCGCCUGCCAGAGUGAUUGGGCGGGUAUGCCUGCCCGUCACGUUGGGAGAUGGAGAGCAAAGGGUGACGCGCGCCAUAGAUUUUGGGAUAGUGGACUGCCCUUCCCCAUACAAUGCGAUCCUCGGGAGGCCGCUCCUGGCUUUGUUUAAUGGGGUGGCCUCCACUUGUCAUCAGACCUUGAAGUUCAUUGCCCCGCAAGGGGUGGGCGUGGCCCGAGGACGAGGCGCCCCGCGUUACGCGAGGGAGACAGGGCGCAAGCGAAGGCACGUCGAUGCGAGAAUCAAUGUAAUUGAGCUAGGAGAAGACGAGGCGCCCCGAGCCGAAGCAGCCGACGAGGACCUUUUGGUAGCGUUGGAGGAAGGGCGCCCAGAAAGGUGCGUUAGGAUUUCGGCAGAGGCGCCUGCCGAGAUGAAGGAGCGGCUCAUCGCGCUUCUAAAAGAGUUCGCAGAGCUUUUCGCUUGGAGUGCCAUGGAAAUGCCGGGCGUCAAGCCCGAAACAGCAGUGCACAGAUUAGCGGUUGAGGAAGGGAGACGUCCUGUGCAACAGAAGCGCAGGAACUUAUCGCCGGAAAAAGAGGCAGCCCUAAGGGUUGAGGUGGACAGGCUUAUGGGCGCCAAUUUAGUGGAAGAAACAUCUUAUGUUACCUGGCUGUCGAAUGUGGUGUUUGUGCCCAAGCCGUCGGGCGACUGGAGGAUGUGCGUGGAUUACACGAGCCUCAACAAGGCGUGCCCAACGGACGCCUACCCAAUGCCACGGAUAGAUUUGCUGGUGGACUCCACGGCAUAUCACGAGAUGCUGAGCUUCGUGGACAUGUUUUCGGGAUACCAUCAAAUCCCCAUGGCAGAGGAAGAUCGGCCCAAGACGGCUUUCAUGACGCCUUUCGGAAAUUUCUGCUAUCGGGUCAUGGCCUUUGGGCUCAAGAAUGCGGGCGCCACAUACCAAAGGAUGGUCAACAACGUCUUCCGGCAGCAAAUUGGCCGGAAUGUGGAAGCUUACGUGGACGACCUCAUAGUCAAGAGUCGGAAACGGGAAGACCACAUCGGAGACUUGCGAGAGACAUUCCAGGCCAUGAGGGCGCAUAGGCUCCGGCUAAACCCCCUCAAGUGCGUAUUCGGCGCCAAAGCGGGAAAAUUUCUGGGAUUUAUGAUCACCAAAAGAGGUAUAGAGGCCAACCUGAAGCAAGUGGAUGCGAUCCUUAAGCUGACCCCCCCAAAGACGCCCAAGGAAGUGCAAGGCCUGGCGGGCAGGCUGGCAGCAUUGGGGCGCUUCAUUCCCCGGUCCGCGGACAAGGCCGCCCCUUUCUUUCGAACGCUUAAAAAGGCAGCCCGUUUCCAAUGGACCACCGAGUGUGAUGGAGCAUUCGAGGAGUUGAAGCAACUAUUAAGCGCCCCAACCGUGAUGACGGCGCCUAGGGCGAGAGAGCCACUAUACCUGUACAUUGCUGUGUCGGAGGUGUCGGUAAGUGCAGUGCUCGUCACAAGAGGCGCCCACUCUGGAGAGGACAGACCGGUGUACUACGUCAGUCGCACUAUGGUUCCCCACGAAAAGCGAUAUGCGCCCAUUGAGAAGGCCGCGCUGGCGGUUGUGAUGGCUGCAACCAAGCUUAGACCUUACUUCCAAGCUCACGCCGUCACAGUCCUUACCAACCUCCCUCUGAAAUCCACAUUGGGGUCAAUGGAUGUGGCCGGGCGCCUCGUCAAGUGGGCAGUCCAGCUAAGCGAGUUCGACGUCAGGUAUGCGCCUCGACCAGCCAUCAAGGCCCAAGUCCUGGCCGACUUUGUAGCGGAAGGAAUAGCUGAGACCGAGAAGGAGACAGAUGAUUGCUGGCAAGUCCAAGUCGAUGGUGCGGCCAGCAGAACGGGCGCCGGAGCAGGGAUUGUGAUGAUAAGUCCGGGAGGUGCGAUGCACGAGGUAGCGCUGCGAUUCGCCACCUUGAAAACAAACAACGCUGCAGAGUACGAGGCGGUGAUCGCUGGCCUGACCAUGGCUAAAGAGCUGGGCGCCCACAAAAUCCAGGUCAAGUCCGACUCGGCCCUCGUCGUCAACCAACUUAACGGAGCAUUCGAAGUAAAGGAGGAAGCGCUAGAAGUAUACGUGCAAAGGGUCAGAGAACUGGGAGCCUGGUUUGGGGAAAUCUCUUUCAUACACAUCCCGCGCGAGGAAAACGCGCAUGCAGACGCCCUAUCCAAAUUGGCCACUGCGGUAGAGUUUGCGGAGGAUCGGAAGGUCAUUGUCACUGCGGAAGUGCCCCGCCAAUAUGUGGUCGCAAUCUUGGGGGACGAGGGUGCCGGCUCAGGGUGGAUGGCACCGAUCAUAUUAUUCUUGACCCAAGGAACGGUGCCGGAGGACCCAAAGGAGGCCUGGCGCCUCCGUCGAAAGGCGGCCCGCUGCUCCAUGAUUGAAGGAACGUUGUAUAAGAGGUCCCAUUCGGGCGCAUAUUUGAGGUGUCUAAACGAGGAGGAAAGCAGAGGGGCAAUCGAAGAGGUGCACAGCGGUACGUGCGGAAUGCACGCGGGAGCGCGCAGUUUGGAAAAAACGCUGCUGCGACAAGGUUAUUACUGGCCAACGAUGAGGCGGGACGCAAGGGCACACGUGGGCGCCUGUCACCAGUGCCAAAUUCAUGCAAACGACAUUCAUGUCCCGGCGGCGCCCAUGCAAGGCAAUGUAGGGGCCUGGCCUUUCGCCCAAUGGGGCAUGGAUCUGUUAGGCCCUUUUCCCAAGGCGCCCGGGCAAAUGAAAUACUUGAUCGUGGCAGUCGACUACUUUUCCAAAUGGAUAGAAGCUGAGCCCUUGGCCACUGUUACAGAAGCGCAAGUGCGAAAGUUCACCAAGAAAAACAUAUUCACCCGGUUCGGCCUACCCGAGUCCAUUGUCGCAGACCAUGGGAAGCAAUUCGAUUGCAAGAAAUUUGUUGAGUUUUGCGAUGACAACGGGGUCGUCCUGCGGUUCUCCUCAGUGGCAUACCCGCAGGCAAAUGGCCAAGCGGAAGCAGCCAACAAGUGUAUUCUCCACGGGUUGCACACCCGAUUAGCAGGCGCCAAGGGCAGGUGGGUGGAGGAACUACCAAGUGUACUGUGGGCGCAUCGCACAACCUACAAAACUGCCACGGGAGAAACACCCUUCGCCCUAACUUACGGAAGUGAGGCGGUAAUCCCUGUGGAAGUCAACACCCCAAGCUACCGCGUUGGCCAGUAUGACCCAAGCAGCAAUGGCAAAGCAAGAAUUGAUGAGCUAGACAUGACAGAUGAGGUGAGGGAAGUAGCGGCCAUCCGGCUGGAGAAAAUGAAGCGCCAAGUGGCUCGGUACUACAACAAGAAAAUGCGAGCGCAUGGAAUCACCGAGGGCGCCCUAGUUCUCAAGCGUGACUUCCGCCCAGACGCCCGUGAGGGGAAGUUAGCACCAAAAUGGAAAGGGCCAUACCGGGUUCGAGAGGUGGUGGGACCAAGUACGUUCAAGCUAGAGCAUACCAGCGGCAAAAGCGUGAAACGAACUUGGAAUGCGCAGAACCUGCGGGUUUACCAUGAGGGCGCCUCCGUUCGAUAAGGGCCAAGAAGGAAAAGGAUGGCCGUGGGCAAGAGCAUUGUUUGUGUUAGAGGCAGUUGUGUAAGGCGCCGUGUUGUGUUCAAAAGCGCUCGUAAAAGUAGCGCCGUAUUGUGUCCAAAAGCGCCCCUUGUUGCAGCGCUCGUUUGAAGAAUUAUGUUUUCAAUUCCUAUUUCUUAAUCAGUAAAAGCGCCCUAAUUUCGCGCCCGGAAAUUUGGUGAGGUACAAAGCGCCCUAUAAAUUGCGCCCUAUCGU